AUGGCAACGUGCUCGAUUAUUUGGCUCGAUGCCUUAGUGAACACAAGCGAAAAUCAUCAACAGGCUCAACAACAAUUGCGCGCUGUUACCAAUCAUGUAAUGACAUUCGAGGAUUCAGAACAAUGUGAGAAUCAUAUUCGAUCAGCCUCCUCCGAUGAACGACUGAUGCUUAUUAUCAGUGAUGAAUUGGGACGAGAAUUAGUCUCACAUAUUUAUCAAUUGCCACAAAUAGCAUCAAUCUAUAUCUGUUCUAUUGAUAAGAAUCAAAAUGAAGAAUGGGAAAAAUCAUCUAAUAAGGUGAAGUAG